AUGUGGACUGCGUGGUGUGUGGCUGCUCUGUCUGUGACAGCUGUGUGUGGCAAUCGCCAAGAGACGAACACGGUCCUCAGGGUUACCAAAGAAGUGCUGAGCAACGCCAUUUCGAACACCCUGAAGCAAAGCGACGCUCUCCACUCUGCCCUGAGAGAGGUGCCCAUGGGUGUUGGUGGCGUUCCCUACAAUGACUUCCAUGUCCGAGAGCCACCCCCCAAAUACACCAACGGCAAACAGCUUGGCGGGAACUACCAUUACGGUCACAUUGAGACCAACGAGAACACUGCUCAGCUGGGGGGCAAGUACCGAUACGGCGAGAUCCUUGAGUCCGAUGGCAGUAUCAGGGACCUCCGCAAUGGCGACUACCGCAGUGGAGAGAAUGCAUAUGGCAGGGGCAGGGGGCGGUACCGAUCAGCUGAAGGCACGGCCACAGUGGGCAGGCUUCACCGGCGAGAGCUGCGGCCCGGAGAAAUCCCGCCUGGUGUGGCCACUGGGGCACUGGGCCCAGGUGGUUUGCUGGGCACUGGGGGCAUGCUGGCAGCUGAUGGCAUCCUGGCAGGCCAAGGUGGCCUUCUCGGUGGAGGUGGUCUCCUUGGUGACGGAGGACUUCUCGGAGGAGGGGGUGUCCUGGGCGUACUCGGCGAGGGUGGCAUCCUCAGCACCGUGCAAGGCAUCACAGGGCUGCGCAUCAUGGAGCUGACCCUCCCGCGGGUGUCCGUGCGCCUCCUGCCGGGCGUGGGCGUGUAUCUGAGCUUGUACACCCGCGUGGCUAUCAACGGGAAGAGUCUCAUCGGCUUCCUGGACAUCGCAGUGGAGGUGAACAUCACUGCCAAGGUGCGGCUGACCAUGGAUCGCACAGGCUACCCGCGGCUGGUCAUCGAGCGCUGUGACACGCUCCUGGGGGGCAUCAAGGUCAAGCUGCUGCGAGGGCUUCUCCCCAACCUCGUGGACAACCUGGUGAACCGAGUCCUGGCCAAUGUCCUCCCUGACUUGCUUUGCCCCAUCGUGGACGUGGUGCUGGGCCUGGUCAACGACCAGCUGGGUCUCGUGGACUCUCUGGUCCCCUUGGGGAUAUUGGGAAGUGUCCAGUACACCUUCUCCAGCCUCCCGCUUGUGACUGGGGAAUUCCUGGAGCUGGACCUCAACUCUCUGGUUGGGGAAGCUGGAGGAGAGCUCAUCGACUAUCCCCUGGGGCGGCCAGCGACGUCCAAGGCAAAGAUGCCGGACUUGCCCCCCAUGGGCGACAACACCAACUCCCAACUGGCCAUCUCUGCCAACUUCUUGGGUUCAGUGCUGACCAUGCUGCAGAAGCAGGGGGCGCUGGACAUUGACAUCACCAACGGCAUGUUUGAAGAGCUUCCUCCACUCACCACGUCCACACUGGGAGCCCUGAUUCCCAAGGUGUUCCAGCAGUACCCCGAGUCCCGCCCACUCACCAUCAGGAUCCAGGUGCCCAACCCCCCAUCAGUGACGUUGCAGAAGGACGAGGCCCUGGUGAAGGUGUUCGCCACUGCUGAGGUCGUGGUCUCGCAGCCCGACAUCGAGACCACCAUCUGCCUCAUUGACGUGGACACAGAACUCUUGGCCUUCUUUUCCGUGGAAGGAGAUAAGCUAAUGAUCGACGCCAAGCUGGACAAGACCAACCUCAACCUCAGAACCUCAAACGUGGGUAACUUUGAUGUUGGCCUCAUGGAGGUACUGGUUGGGAAGAUUUUUGACCUCGCGUUUAUGCCUGCGAUGAAUGCUGUGCUGGGUUCUGGCGUCCCCCUCCCCAAAAUCCUCAACAUCGACUUCAGCAAUGCAGACAUCGACGUCUUGGAGGACCUCCUGGUGUUGAGCGCAUGAGUGACAGAGGCAGAGUUGCUGCCACAGCGAGAAGAAGCCAGAACCAGCCCAGAAAGCCUCUGCCCGGACACAAGCUCUCGACCUGCGUCCUUUCAGCCCCCACGACAAGCCCCACCCCAUCCCGCCAACCCUCUUCUCCUCACGCACCCCACCCCAGAAAGGAUGCAGCCACCGUCCCAUGGACAAACCAGGACAUCCACAGU